AUGGGUUUUCGCUUGCCGAGGCUCGUCAACGCUAAGUCGGGUCCAAAACGGAGUCUUUCAUCUUCGGAGAUAACAACAUCAGUGCCUAAAGGCCACAUUGCUAUUUAUGUUGGUGAAGUCGAAAAGAAGAGAUUUGUUGUUCCAAUUUCGUUCCUCAACCAUCCUUCGUUUCGAAAUUUGUUGAGUCGAGCCGAAGAAGAGUACGGGUUUAAUCAUCCGAUGGGUGCUCUAACGAUCCCUUGUGCCAAAGAAGCUUUCAUCGAUCUCAUUGAUAGUAUGCAAAGCUCAUGA